UUUUAUAAAGUCGACCAACCCUCACCUAAUGUCAAAAGAACCCGCAGCAGGGACCAGCUCCUCAAAGAAACAGUCACCAAGAAGAGAAUACCCACCGUCCCCUCACCGCCGCGUCCAUCAGCAACGAUCUGCAGCCAUGGCAAUGGCUUACAAGAUGGCGACGGAGGGGAUGAACGUGAAGGAGGAGUGCCAGCGCUGGUUCAUGGAGAUGAAGUGGAAGAAGGUGCACCGCUUCGUGGUGUACAAGAUCGACGAGCGGUCGCGCGCCGUGCUGGUGGACAAGGUCGGCGGCCCCGGGGAGGGGUACGAGGAGCUCGUCGCCGCGCUGCCCGGCGACGACUGCCGCUACGCCGUCUUCGACUUCGACUUCGUCACCGUCGACAACUGCCAGAAGAGCAAGAUCUUCUUCAUCGCCUGGUCACCCACCGCAUCGAGGAUAAGAGCCAAGAUUCUGUACGCGACGUCGAAGCAAGGCCUGCGGCGGUUGCUGGACGGGAUCCACUACGAGGUGCAGGCCACGGACCCCUCCGAGAUGGGCUUCGACGUCAUCAGAGGCCGCGCGCAAUGAGCCGCGCUGCUCUGCUCCUGCCUCUGCGUUGCCAACGAGAGCGCUAGGGGUUUUUGGUUUUCUGUAUGUGCGCGUGCCUCCCCUUGCACUACUCACUGUUACGGCCGGAUGCUAAUUGGCGUUGGUGUUCUGAUCCCUCGUAGCGUUGACGCGAUACCUCACGAGGGCACGUUGUGAUUUCAAGUCUGGUUGUGUUGUUUGGUCUUUGGUGUUUGGAGAGUUGGAGUGCGGUGUGCUGGUGUAAUUGAGUAGAAGAAGCUGAAGGAGUGGCAGCGGAUUAAUGAAACGUCCAUAUCUGUGACGUAGAAUUCCACUGAACUAUGCUCCAACAUACGACAAGGUGCUUCAGAUUUGCUCUCAUCCGGUGGAAAAAAUUGUUGCCUUUAA